AUGGAGAAGUACACAGACUCCAGCUCUGUCCAGUCCGACUCGGAGAAUGCAGCCUUCCUCAACACACAGUACCAGAAGGAGGAAAGACAACAACGGCGGAGUUACAUCUAUCUCACGCUGUUCAACCUUUUCCUAUUCACACUAUCCAUACUGUCAUUGAUAUGCACUGUCAUGUCUCAAAAGGACACAGCGGGCCAUUCAACGGCAGCUUUGUAUGAUCAAUUCGACAUGUUCUCCCCCACCAUGCACGUGGUCGAAUACUCAAAGACAACAUUCGAGCUACCCGAACCCCUGGAAUCAUCCGUCUACGUCGGCAUCAGCAACGAAACCGAGGACGCAUGGAUGGACAUUGCCUACCUCCCCGACCAAAUGGUAUCCAAGGAGGACUUCCCCAAGCUCAACAUGCCCGACGACGCCCUGCAAGUCACGGACCCCAAGACGGGCGAAACAGGCUACCGCGUCGGCCUCGAGGUCUUCCACCAACUACACUGCUUGAACAUGCUCCGCAUGGCCACUCUUCCCGAGCACUAUACCAAGCUCGAAUGGAGCGACACAAACGACAAGCCCGAGCGCGUGCGCGCUCAUCUCGAUCAUUGCAUUGAAGUUCUUCGUCUGAACCUCAUGUGCCUCUCCGAUGUCAACGUCUUCACCUUCCACCCUAAACCUGGCAAGGAGGGAUAUUGGCCAGAGUACAACUCGCAGCACGUGUGCAGGAAUUUUGAUCAGAUCAAAGAUUGGGCACGUGCAAAUGCCAUGCCUUAUGCUGAGGUGUAA